CUUCCUUCAUCUCUCUUCAUCAGAUAGGAGAGAACAAGAAAAAAGGGCACACAGCGACACAAUCAUCAUAUACUAGCUAGUACAUGCUCAUCAAGGGAGCCUCUCCACCGAUAGAGCUAGCUGGGUUAUAGAAUAGAGCUAAGAAUGAUCAUGGGAGAGCAACGAAACCCUACAAGGCAGCUGAUGUCGUCCUCCCUGCUCGCACUUUUUUUUGCAUCGUCCGUGCUCGUUGGCCUCGCGGCCGGCGGCAGCUUCUACGAGGAGUGCGACGCGACCUGGGAGCCCCAGAACUGCUGGGCCUACGACGAUGGCAACAGGCUCUCCCUCGCGCUCGUCAGCAGCUCCUCAGGCUCCAUGAUCCGGUCGAAGCGGCAGUUCGUGUACGGGACCGUGUCCACCAUGAUCCAGCUUGUCCCCGGCGACUCCGCCGGCACCGUCACCACCUUCUAUACGUCGUCGCUGGGCGACAACCACGACGAGAUCGACUUCGAGUUCCUGGGCAACGUGAGCGGGCAGCCCUACACCAUCCACACCAACGUGUACGCUGCCGGCGUGGGCAACAAGGAGAUGCAGUUCAAGCCAUGGUUCGACCCCACCGCCGACUACCACAACUACACUAUCUCCUGGACUCCCUGCAUGAUCGUGUGGUACAUCGACGGCGUCCCCAUCCGUGUGUUCCGCAACUACGCGGCGAGCCACGGCGUGGCGUUCCCGACGAGCCAGCCCAUGUACGCCUACUCCAGCAUAUGGGCGGCGGAGGACUGGGCCACGCAGGGCGGCCGCGUCAAGGCCGACUGGUCCAAGGCGCCCUUCGUCGCCAGCUACCACGGCAUCGACCUCGACGUCUGCGAGUGCUACGGCGGGGGCUGCGUCUCCGCCUGCGCCGGCGGCUGCAGUAGUAGCCUGAGCGACGCGCAGGUGGGGAAGAUGCAGUGGGUGCAGAGCAGCUACAGGAUCUACGACUACUGCGUCGACCCCAAGCGCUUGGUCAACGGCCAGAAGCCGGUCGAGUGCGGCCUGCCGCAGCACUGAUCGAACUCAUAUCGGACGUCAUCCUGGAUUCCUGGAGCAAGCUAGCUAGCUAGCUCCUGAGGUCGUUGUUGCGUGAAUGAAAGAAGCAAUAUUGCAAGCCGCCGACAUACCACCAGGUAUAUAUGGUCGACGUGACAGUGACAACGACGAGGCCACCUCACUUGUUUAGUUCCACGUACGGAUAAUGCAAUUGGUUUUGUCGUUCAUUUUAUUUUAUUCUUGUACCGUUAUAUAUGGAGUAUGAGUUUUUGAGAAUAAGUGUUUUCAGUUGUUUACAAAGAACAGCUAGGAAACAUAAAAGAUUGAAAAACACAAGA